CAGCCUAGACAUUGUGCUGCCUGAGGAAAGAGCGAUUUUGCCUCCUUGAGGUGAAUGCGGCCUCAAGGGCCCAUCUUUGUGGGCCUGCCCCACCUGGGGCCCAUCUUGAUCUGGACAGUCACUCAAAACCAGAUGUCUGGAUGGUGUGAGGUCCCCAAGAAGCUGCCCUGGUGCCCGCCUCACAAGGUCAUCGUGCUCGUGUGGACAGCCAUCUACUCAGUCAUGGGGUAUGCCUCCUACCUGGUGUGGAAGGACCUGGGAGGGGGCUUCCAGUGGGCCCUGGCGCUGCCCCUUGGCCUCUAUGCUCUACAGCUCAUCGUCAGCUGGAUUGUCCUGAUGCUCUUCUUGUCAGCUGACAACUCUGGUCAGGCACUGAUGUACCUGCUGCUGUUGUUUGGGCUGGUGGUGAGCAUGGUGUGCAUCUGGCACCCCAUCAACAAGCUGGCUGCUCUGCUCCUGCUGCCCUACCUGGCCUGGCUGACUGUGACCACCGCCAUCACCUACCACCUCUGGAGGGACAGCCUGUGUCCCUCACACCAGCCUCAGCCCACAGAGAAGGCCUCAGGUCCCUGACUUGCAAAAUGAGGCCAAUAAUUCACACCAAGAGAGCCUGGUGUGAGGGUUCAAUGAGACAAGGCAUGCCUGAGUGCCUGAUGGAUGCCCUAAUUGUGAUAAAGCCUUGAAGCUCCACUUAUUCAUCUCUGCAUUCUUAGUAUUUACUACAGCACCUGGCACCAAGGAGCCCAUAGUAAAUGUUGAUUCCAUAAAAGAAUGGAGUAAAC